AUGGAUCACUCCCUGUUUGGGUGCCUCCGUAGCCCCCACGCCCCGGCCCAGGGCCUGCACCCCCACCCUGCCUUUACCCAGUCCCCGCUGGUGCUGCACGGACGCUCCGACCACAUCUCCUACUCCAACCUGCCCGACUCCUCGCCCCCCUGUGGGGGGUACCCUGGACCUGGGGGGGAGGAGGCGUACGGAGGGCAGCAACACCACCAUCGUGGAGGACACCUCCAUCAGCAUCAGCAGCACCCCCACCACUCACAGCACCAGGCCCACCAGACCCCCUGGCAUGUCCCCCAGAUUCCCUCACCCAACACCAGGCAUGGCCUCUGCCUGCAUCCUCCGGACAGGCAAGUCUCAGAACUGUGUGGUGGAGGGACCGUGAAUCUGUGUGGAUUCCAGACCAACCCCGGUCUAGGAGGUAGUGGUGACCUCACAGGUGUGUCGUGUGUUCCUGGGGACUUUGGACGACAGACGAUGUCCCCGGACGAGACGGAACAGAGACGGAACAGUAAAGGGAAAGAUGACUUGCACAGCUCAGAUUCCCAGGACGGGAGCUAUAAGUCUGACGUGAACAGCAAGCCCAGGAAGGAGAGGACGGCGUUCACCAAGGAACAGAUCCGGGAACUGGAGUCAGAGUUUGCGCACCACAACUACCUGACGAGACUUAGGCGAUAUGAGAUAGCAGUCAACCUCGACCUCACAGAAAGACAAGUGAAGGUGUGGUUCCAGAACAGGCGGAUGAAGUGGAAGCGUGUUAAAGGAGGUCAACAGGGGGCAGCGGCCCGGGAAAAAGAACUUGUCAACGCGAAGAAGGGAACGCUGUUGCCGUCAGAGUACUGUGGCAUGGUGGGAGGAUUACACCACUCCUCCAGUUCCCCUGGUAAUGAGGACAGUCACGACAGUGACCAGAGCUCAGAGCACGCUCAGUUAUGA